AUGUACUUUAGUGAGAAUCACUUUUUCGAAAAAAAGCUGAAAAGCUGGUUCUCAAAAACCAGCAUUUCCAAUUUCCCAGAGAUCCAAAGACUCAUUCUAGAAUUUUCAUUUAGCUUUAAAACAUCACAAAAGCUUGCUUUGGUGAAUAAAGAAGGUCUCUCUUUUUACAGAAGCGUACAAAAGGCAGUUCUGGGAUGUAUUAAGGCAUUUUAUACGCUUGAAUACCAAACCUGGAUGGACUCUAAUCCAGAUCUGUGGCUUUCGUGGUUAUUAAUGAAGAAAAAUAAUUCCAAAAAGGAUGAUAAUUUAACUCUAAUUCCCUUAGAUCCGAAAAUUAUCAUGAAAAUUUUGUUCAAUAACAGAAAACUUUAUCCUGUUAGCUAUAAAACUAGAAUUAUCAAAGACUUCAAUGGAGAACCUUUUUUAAAUGUGGAACUUUCUGCAAUCUCUCUUGGCCAUCCAAAAAGUGAUCAUGAAGACUUUGAAGAGCCUUUUUCAUCUAUCUAUGACAUGCUUUCUUCCAAAAGACUUGUUUUCGGUCUUGACUUGGUAUUUGGACAACGAAUUGACCAAUUUGACUCUCAGAGAGACUUUGGAGGUGGAGAAAUUAUUAUUAGUGUUCACCCAGACCACAUUUUUGAUAUUUUGUCUCACAAAAGAUUCUUUGAAUAUUUUACUUCAACUCUAUUAAAGCUAGAAAAUAAAUUUGUCUUAGGAGAUUGGUCUGGUUACUUUAGUAAUAGUAUUAAGAAGGAAAUGUACGGAAAAAUCAUGAAAUCUAUUUUACCUCCUCUAAAAAGCUUUGAGGAGACUUGUAGAAGACCCACCUUCCCUUUUUUAAGUAUUCUCGCUAGUUCCCAUUUAUGUAAAGAGAGAGGAUUACAACAUGGAUCUCAGAAUAAUAAAUAUUCACUAUAUGAAUCUUGUAUAAAUCUGCUAGAGAGUGUUUCUUGUCAAGUUCUUGAUGACUUUGAUUCAAGGAAAAUGAUUGAAAAUGCUAUAUUACACAAAUGUCCAACAUUUGCAUUUUUCCUAAGCUCUUCAAGUCUAACAGAAGACGCAUUCCAGCUCAUUCUUGAUUGUAUUUCCAAACAAAAAAAAAGCUUCUUUCUUGGUAAGAAUUUGGAGCCUUUGGAAGAACUUUGUGAGACAAAUCAACUGGAUUUUGUUUGGGAAAAUUCCGAUGAGAAUUCUCCACUUUUCAAAGAUAGCUAUAAAAGUAAGCAUAGACCUCCAUGGAGAACUUCCAUUGAUAACAUCAUCAAUGCAAUGCAAGAAAAACAAUCUCAAAUCAUUUCUCAACAACCUUCCAUUGCUUUCAACCAUCAACCACUUAGAAAUGAUGUUGGAUAUAUCAGAAGAGUCAACAACUCUUUUGGCUAUUCAAACGAAAAUCCGAACAUCCAAAGAAAUUUUGAAGAUAAUGAAAAUGAUGAGUAUAGAAACUGCUGUGAUAGUGAAAAUUCUUCUGAAGUCUCUCCGGAAUCUGAACAGAAUCAGGUGGAAAGUCCAAGUCUCGUUGCUUCUGGUUUUGUGAUGGGUGUUAGAUGCUUGCCUGCAUCCACUGCUACUACUUCUUUGGGAUCUAUAAUUGGGAACGGAAAUAAUGUUCGCUCUGGCUCGAUUAGUAGAGCCAGAGGACCAAAUUUACUCGGAAAUCAAUGUCAAAGGCUUUCCAUUCCUUGUUCUGAUCGAACUGGAAGGUUAAGCUCUUGUCCCACAUUUAGCUCAAUUGCAACUAGCUGGGGUACUCCAGUUCCAAUAACUAGAACUAUUCCAAUUGAUGAUAUUCUUGGAAGGAGGAGAGAAUCUGUCCAAAGUAAUGGAAAUUUAGAAAGAAACGAUCAGAACGAACUGGUUCUUAGUGAAAUAAGACUCAGAUACAACUUCGACAGUGAUGAAGGUGAAUUCCAACAUCAAAAAAAUAAGGCAGAAGUACAAAACACAAUAGAUAAAUCAGAACUAUUCAUCGAUGAUUAUGAGAAAGAAAGUAAUACAGAACUUAAUCAGAAUGUAAUUGAAGAGGAAGUAUUGGGACCAUUCAGCAAUAUGCAAAUCAAAGAUUCUGAUGCUUCAAUUCUUGCUAAAGAAACUCUAAAGUCCUGGAAAUACGUAAAUUAUGAAUUUGAUGAGGAUUUGGAAGUGGAAUCCGAAGAAUAUGAAAAUGAAGAGUAA